AUGCCCACAACAUUACGCUUUGAUAAAACUGGCAAUCCAAGAACAACGAGACAGAAUGGGCAGCUUGGGAUUUGCUACCUGAAGCGUAGCUGGUGGGUUUUAUCUGGUGUUCAGUGA